AUGGCGAUGAGCACAGUGGUGGUUGUGGUCAUGAUGGUGAUGAGCAUGGUGGUGGCGUUGGGAAUGAAAGUGAUAAGCACUUUGGUGGAUGGUGAUGGUCAUGAUGGCGAUGAGCUAGAUGGUGGAUGUGGUUGUGCUCAUGAUGCUGAUAAGUUUGAUGUUGGUUGUGCUCAUGAUGGUGAUAAGUUCGUUCGAGAUGAUGGUCAUGAUUGUGAUAAGUACGUUGGUAGUGGAGGUCAUGAUGGUGAUAAGUUCGGUCGUGGUGGUGGUUAUGAUGGUGACAAGCACGGUGCUGGUGGUGAUCAUGAUGGUGAUAAGUACGGUGGUGGUGUAGAUCAUGAUGUUGAUAAGUACGAUGAUGGUGGUGGUGGUGCUCAUGAUCGUGAUAAGUACGUUUGUGGUUGUGCUGAUAUUGGUGAUAAGUACGUUCCAGUUUGUGAUGAUGGUGGUGCUUAUGAUGGAGAUAAUCAGCAUGGUGGUGGUUGUGGUGCUGGUGGUCAUGAUGGUGAAAAGCACUGUGGUGGUGGUUAUGCUCAUGUUGGUGAUAAGUACGGUAGUGAUGGUGAUCGUGAUAGUGGUGGUGAUCGUGAUGGUGAUGAGUACAUUGGUGGUUGUGAUUAUGUUGGUGAUAAGUACGGUGGUGGUAGUGAUCAUGAUGGUGAUAAUGGUGGUCGUGAUGGUGAUAAGUACGGUGGUGUAAGUGGUGGUCAUGAUGGUGAUAAGUACGAUGUUGGUGGUGCUCAUGAUGUUGAUAAGUACGAUUGUGGAGGUUGUGCUAAUGAUGGUGAUAAGUGCGGUGGUGUUAGAGGUGGUCAUGAUGGUGAUAAGUACGGUGGUGUUAGUGGUGGUCGUGAUGGUGAUAAGUACGGUGGUCAUGAUGGUGAUAAAUACGGUGGUGUUAGUGUUGGUCAUGAUUGGGAUAAGUACGGUGGUGUUAGUGGUGCGCAUGAUGUUGAUAAGUAA